UGCGUGGAAGUUGGAAGUUACCCAAAGUCUUCAGCAAGUCCUCUUUCCAUGUUUCCAUUUCCUCAUGCCACGGCGGCUUCCCAAACCAAUAAAACAGACUCGAGCAUGUCCGCCGGCGACACUCAGCAGACAAGACAAGGCGAGCCAACAGAGAGGAUGGACGCCGUGGCUCAGACUUUGGCCGUGCUGCUCCUUCUUCUGGUACUCACGCGGACCUCCAACUCCAACCGCUGCUACGAGGAAUGGGAGCUGAGUAAGGUGGCCGGCAGAAAGUUGGAGAGCCACUACCCGCAGCCGCCGGAGCCUCCGGCGGUGGCGCCCCACGACUCCCCCUUCGCGUGCCCCCUGGACCUCUACACGCAUCACAGGGACCUGGAGAACAGGUCCCUGUCUCCCUGGAGAUACGUAUGGCGGAACAUGAAGGACCACUACCCAGCCACCUAUGUCGAAGCUCAGUGUCUGUGCUCUGGAUGCAUCAUGAUCAAGAACAAGGGGACCCCUGUGCUGAGCCACGACUACAACUCUGUUCCUAUAAACCAGACCAGAGUGUUCCUGAAAAGGGAGCGCUGCAGCGAUGGCUACAAGUACUACUUGAAGCCCGUCUCCGUGGUGGUGACGGUGGGCUGCACUUGCGCCAGACCCCGCAUCACUGUGUAAUCUCAGAGCACGGGGAACGCGACAUGACAGUUGACUGACGGGUCCGUGAAAUAGGGAUCCGUCACGAAUGUGUCGUCAUAUGUUCCAAAACAUGCUGCCGACAUGGGAGUUGACCUUUUUCUUUUUGCUUGAAUUUAGUCAGACUUCAGAAGCUCAAAGUUGAAUGAACCUUGAUUUAUUCUCUCCCGUUUGUAUAUUUAUUUAUUUAUUUAUUUGCAAUGCUGUAUUUCUUGUCCUAAGGACACUGGAUAUUUCCAUUUUUUUGAAUGAGGAUAU